AUGAGUGAGGAUAUAUUGAGUAGAAGCAAUGUUGGUGAAUUCGGAGAUGUAUAUUUUCAAUUAAAUUUAUAAUCUAGGACUUUGAUUAAUAACUUUAUGAAAGAUGUGAACAAUUUUGUUAAAAAUUAAGACGAACCAAUUAAUAGCUCUAUAAGUUAGAAUUAAUAUGAAUUUUAGACAAUUUUCUAAUAUUGUUAAUUAAAAUAGUAAAGCAGCUAAAGAAUAAUUGGGAUAAAUGUUAAGUGAAGAACCAGAAUUAUUGAAAGAAGUAAAUGCUUUAUUGGAUGAUGAUGUGAAAUUCAAGACUUAGAAAGAGAGAUUGACAGAGUUUAUUAGCAAUGAAAUUAACAAAUCUAAAGCCUUAGAGACAAUAUUAAAAUAAAUAUAAAAUGGACAUUUAGAUGGACAUUAAAAUAAAGACCACAUCUUAGAUUUAUUUAGCAAUGAACCAUAAUUAUAAUAGUAGUUCUUGUAGAGUUUUAAAAAGAAGCAUGACAUUAUUCCACCAAAAAAAAAAAUAGAAGAAAAUAGAAAUUACUUUUAAAAACUACUUGAUAAGAAUGGUGUUGUAGAUAUGGUAAAUUUAUACAUUUUUUAUUUUAAGAAUGAAUUACUGUUUUGGGAUAAAUUUAGAAUGAGAGUUAUUUAAUAAUAUCCAAAUGAUUAUUAAUAAUUUAUGAAUGAAUUCAUGAAAGUUAUUCACUUAUAUUCUGAAUGUAUAAUUACAUAAAUGGAAGUGAUGGAAUUAAUAAAUUAAUAAGAAUGGUUAGAAACUGAAUAUAUUGAUGAUAUAAGAUCAAUGUUAUCAACUAGAGUUAUUGCUAGAAGAAUAUAAACACCUCUUUUUAAACCCUUAAAAGAUACAGAUUUUGCAUAAGUAGAUAGAGUAACAAGAUCUUAUGUCAGAAUGCCUAUUGGAUAUGCUAAAGUAAACAAUAAUUCAGAAAUUCUAAAUCAUUCUUGGGUAUCAGUACCUUUUGGUUCUGAAGAUCAAUCCUUCUUAAUUAUGAGAAAAAAUACUUUUGAAGAAUAAUUAUUUAAAAGUGAAGAUGAAAGAUUUGAAUUUGAUGUUAACAUUUAAUAAAUUAAAAGAACCAUUAAUUUAUUAUAAGAGAUAAUUGAUGGAAAUAAAGAAGAUCCUAAAUUAAUUACUAAAGUUAUUGAUAUGAGAAUUUUGUAAUAAUUAUAUAGAAAUUAAACUUAAGAUUAAAAUGAAAUCCUAUAAAUAUUUUAAACUAAAUCUACUGAAAGUGCAAAAAUCUUAAUUAAACGAGUUAAAUAAAAAUUAAAUGAACUUAUUUCAGCAAGAAAUAAUAAAGCUAAAUAAAUUUGGGAAAAUGUUUCAUUAAAUAAUUUUCAUCGUUCUCUUGAUCAUAGAUCUUUUUAUUUUAAAAAGAAUGAUAAAUUAGUUAUCAAUGGAUAAAGAUUUGUUAGAGAAAUUGAAGAAUAUGCUAAAAAUGUAUUAAUCAAACAUCUAGGAACAAAAGAACAUGUUUUUGUUAAAAAAAAAUAAGAUUAAAUCUAAUAUACAUUUGAAAAUUCAUUUUUGAAUUCUCUUGCUUAAAUGACUAAUAUUAAACCUUCAUUACCUAAAUAAAUGCCAUUGAUUCCUUCAAAUUAAGUAAAUAUACGUUUUUAACCAUUAAUUUCGUUAUGGAUGGGGAAUGAAUAAAUUUUAUAAGAAUGUGGUUAAUUUGUAAUACAUUAUCUAUAAAUUAUGGGAGGCAAUAAUUCUCUAGAUAAAAGAAAUGGAACAUUUUUAAUGAUUAAAUUAAUUAAUCAUUUUUUUUAAGUUUCCAUGAAACCCAUGUAAAUAUCAUAAUUAACAUUAAUUGAUACAAAAUUGAAAAAUGAAAUAUAAGAACUUGAAAUUUAUGAUAUUCAUUAUAAUCCAGAAGAUGCUUCAACAUCUAUUCCAGAAAUAGAAAAUGAAUCUCCUGGUUUAUUUUUGAAUUUAUAACCAAGAGUUAAAUCAACAACAUAUAUUACAUAAAAUCUUUAUAUUUUAUUAAGAUUUCUACAUACAAUAUAUCAAAGAUUAGAAAUGGCUUAUGUGAUUAGUCAAUAAAACAAAUUAGGAUAAGAUAAGAGAUACAAUUUAUUUAAAUCUGCUUUGUUUCUAUCCUUAAAGGCUAAAGACUUUAAAUAUGAAGAUCAUUUAAGAAGUUUAUUCGGAAAACAUGUAAAUUAAUUCUUAUUAUAUUUAGGGUUUUAUAUUUUCAACUUUAGAAAAAGUAUUUCAUGAUGCAGCUAAAUAAUUAGCUAUUUGUGCUUCUGAUGUUGUAACAAUGUCAUUUUUUGAUAAAUCAGUUUCAGUUGAAGGAGAUCUUGAUAAAUUCUUUUCAGUUGUAUCUAGUAUUGUUAAUGGAGAAGGAAUUAAAGUUUCUGAUUUAGAAUCAUAAGUUUUUUGCAAAUUCUAACAAUUAAAAGAAGAGGAAUAAUUAUUAAAAUUGCAUUAGACAUUUUCUCAUCAUAAACCAGAAAAGAAACCAAUUUAUAGAGUAAAUUUAUUAAUUUAAUUUAGAUUGCAUGUUGGCAUAAAGCUUGUUUCAUUUCAAUAUUACCAGCUUAUGGAGGAUGUAAUUAAGAAAUAUGUAAAUCUUGUAAAUAACCUUUCUUAAUGAGGAACAUGAAAAGAGGUGAAAGAAGAAUGAUGAUUACAAAUAAUAUUGAAUGGAUUGUUGAUGAAACAAGUCAUUUCAAACCUUUCAUUAAUUAAGGAGAAGAUUAUUUAAAAUGUGUAUGAUUGUAAUACAAAAGAAUAAUUAUUUUAAUAAUUGCC